AUUUCCUGGUGCAGAGUUGGAAACAUGACUUGGUUUUUGUUAAUGAAUCUUCUUUCUUUCUUUGUAAAUGGAGAAAAGAGGCUGCUUCUUGGUGAUCCUUCGUUGCUACAGUCGCAGCUUCAUGAACUGGAGGUCAAAUUUAAGGACCUCAUGUCGAAGUACAGUGAGCAACAGGCGGCCUUGAAUGACCUGCGAUCUGAGCACAGUGCGCAACAGACGACCUUAAAUGACCUGAAAUCCAAGUACCAAAGUCUCCUGGUCUCAAACAACGACCUUGGUACUAAAUUGCAGUCAGUUAAAGGUGGAGCUAUUUUUGUCCGAUGGGGCAAGAAGGUGUGUCCAUCAAUGGCACGGAGCAGAUAUAUUCAGGGUUUAUCGGUGGAUCCAGUUUUCAGUCGUCUGGUGGAGCAGCGGAGUAUGUGUGUCUUCCUCCAGAUCCUGCUUACGUAUCUGUCAGUUCAACACACUUUCAUUACAUGCAUGGUGGAGAGUAUGAUAACCCCCAAGCGGGACUAGAUCACGGUGAAGACGCCCCUUGUGUCGUCUGCCGCAGUAGAACGGAAGUAAGUACUAUGAUGAUUCCAGGGAAAAGUACCUGUUACCCUGGUUGGACUAGAUAGUAUCAUGGCUACCUUGCAGCAGGUCAUGAAAAUCAGCCAUCGGCAACACAAUUUAUCUGCAUCAACGAACACCCUGAUACUCUCGUUGGUGGCCAGCGAGCGUCAAAGGAUGGCAGGAUAAUCUCGGCUGUCAGAGCAAAAUGUGGCGGCUCUUUGGAAUGUCCACCCUAUCAUGACCAAAGUGAACUAUCAUGCGUAGUGUGCACAAAAUA